AUGUCUACUACUGGAUCGACAACUAGCAGUACUCCAGGCGGCGGCGGUAGCAAGACGACCAAGACCAAGCCUGGAUUUACGUCUUCUACAAAUAAUCAAAUGAAAGGAGGAGAAUUGCGAGCAUCCGUCCUGAGUGUCUACGAUUUGCCCACCCGCGAUCAACCCUCCCAUGUCAGUAUCAGUGCCUGUGGGGCCACCGUCACAACGGCCGCUCCCACGUCCCGUCACAAGGAUCGCAACAGUUUCAAAUUCACGGGUGCCACCAGUACGGAUCUGGUACUCAAAGCCAAAACACUAGAGCAACUCUACAAGAGCCAUUUUCAAGUGGAAGUCGUCUACGAAACCAAACCGUGGCUCAACUUGUUUGCGUCCUACAAAAUGAGUCAAUUGAAUGUUUGGGAAUCUACCUGGUUGGUACUCGACUUGGAACAAGCCGCUCAAGCCACUCAAGUCGCUACUACCGAUGCGGCAUCGUCGUUGCCGGAUUCGAAUAGUGGUUUGAUGGAAGAUUUGCCACCCACCAUUCGCAUCAAGGUCCAAUUGCGAGGCCCUUAUCGACCCGAAAUUGCGGCUCUUCUCGGCGUCGCUCAGACAUGGUUUGGCUUUAUGGAUCAAGUCGAAUCCAGUGUCAUUACGUUGGGAGAAAAAACUCCCAAUUUGCCCGCCAAUAAAGGACUCUUGCUCAUUCCUGCCGUGCCCAUGGCCACGGCUGCGGUCGUCUUGACACCCAUUUUGACGGGACUCUGUGUCGUUUUCUUGCCCAUUUUUGUGCCCGUCUUGGCGGCCCUCUUGACAGUGGGCGCCUGCUUGACGGGCACUGGAUUGGUGUUGUAUGGGAGCACCAGUGGUGGACGGCAACAUGUCGCCCACAUGCUGGAACCGGCCGCCCAACAUAUGCUUGCCACCCAAUCGGGACAAUCCUUAUUGUACGAAACUGGUCCGCGACCAAGUCCCGUCAGUGUCGCCCGCGUCGUGCUACCACAAGGCAUGUGGGGACGACUCGCCGUCAGUUUGGCCGUCGAUGCCAUUGGAUCUGCCUCGUAUCUGGUUCCCGUGGUGGGAGAAGUCACGGAUGUGGCAUGGGCACCGUUGCAGACUUGUUUGAUCAUCGCCAUGUACGAUACGACCACACCGCAUUUGAAAUAUCUCAGUUUUGCCGAAGAAAUCUUGCCGUUUACUGAUUUUGUCCCAUCGGCCACUAUUGGAUGGGCGGCUCAGUUUGGACCGCAAUUGUUGCUGCAAAAUGGUAAACCAGCGGCCGCAGCAACGACAACGAAUGCCAGUGGCGUACCGACCCAACUCAUGGUGCCAGUCAAGAAGGAUUAG